CUUCCUCCUGCCCUUCCCCAUAGCUCCACCACCCCUCCUGGCUCCUGUUCCCCUUGUCUGUCUGCCCCCCUCUUCCGCCGCCCCCCUGCCCACGCCGCCGCUCUCCACCCGCAUUCCCCAGAUCUCCAUGGACCCGGCCCCGCCCGUGGACCCCGCGGCCUCCUGCUCGGCCUCCACCUCCUCCUCCGCCUCCGCGGCGGCGCCGGGGGACGUGGCCGCGAUGCUUCCGGACUCGCCGCCGCGGCGCGGGGCGGGGCACCGCCGCGCGCAGUCGGAGAUCCUCCUCGGGGGCGCCGCGCUCCCCGACGACCUCACCUUCGACGCCGACCUCGGCGUCGUCGGGGAGGCCUGCGGGGCCGGUGACGAGGAUGAGGACGACGACUACGAGGACGAGGACGGUGGCGCCGGCGCGGGCGGCAGCCGGAUGUUCGAGAUGUUCCUCCAGAACGGAGGCACGCUCCCCGGGCCGCCGGAGCCCUCGGCGCAUCCGCAUCCGGCGGCGACCCCGCCGCCCCGGCCGCGGCACCAGCACAGCAUGUCGAUGGACGGCUCCACCUCCCUGCUGGGGUCCGCCACCGCGGGGACGCCCGGGAGGGCGGGCGCUGACGCCAAGAAGGCAAUCUCCGACGCCAAGCUCGCCGAGCUCGCGCUCGUUGACCCCAAACGCGCAAAGAGGAUCUUGGCAAACCGGCAGUCAGCUGCUAGGUCAAAAGAAAGAAAGAUGCGCUACAUUGCAGAACUAGAAAGAAAAGUGCAUAAUCUCCAGUCAGAAGCGACUACACUAUCAGCUCAGCUGGCCAUGUUGCAGAGAGAUACCACUGGUUUGACAAGUGAGAACAGUGAUUUGAAGAUACGCGUGCAGACAAUGGAGCAGCAGCUCCGGCUGCAAGAUGCACUGAACGACAGGCUAAGAGAUGAGAUUCAGCAGCUGAAGAUUGCAACAGGACAGGUAAAUGCCAACAUUGGAAAAAUAGGAAACUUUGGUCUGUCCUCAUUCGGUGGCAAUCCACAAAGUUUCCAGCGCAGCCAUAUACAGUCUCUUCUGGCUGCGCAGCAGCUGCAGCAGCUCCAGAUCCACUCGCAGCACCAGCAACAGCAGCAGACGCAUUUGCAGCAGCAGCAGCAUCUCAGCACUGCCCUGCAGCACCAGCUGCUGCAGGAGGCGCUUCCGUUCCCCGGAGACCUGAAGAUGAAGGGACUAGCAAUGCCAUCACAUGGUCAAAAUGCAGGCGCCUCUGACAGCCAUGCUGUCAAGAGCGAGCCCUGAGGAUUUACCCUGGAUUCAUGUCUGUUGUUAGGAAUAAUAUUGCUCUGUAUGACUGAGCGGUUCAUGCAUCGGUUAGCACGGUGUCUAGGUAAACUUCAAAUUGUCUGAGGCACUUAGGGUUUCUGCAGCCUGUAGCUCCCAUUUGGUUGUAAGCUGUAGUGCUGAUGAACCAUGCUGAGUCAUUUCAUUUACCGCGCCGAAUGUUCCAUUCAGAACUGGCCUUGGUCU